UCGCAAGUGAUUGCGAGCAUUUCGAUUCAUCACAAGCUCAUGAAUCAUAGUCUUGGUGAAUUGAGAUCGACAACACUUACUGACUGAACGUCGCAAAAAUGUCAAAUGAAGCUACCCGCCGUCCGGAAUCUAGGUCUGGACGUCAGACACCCCUCUCGCAACCAACGAGCGAGCCGGCUGCAACGACAGGAAUCGAGCCGAGAUCUCGAACGCGGGAAGCUUCAGGCAGUCAAGCGGCUGGCGAACCGGUCGGGGACAAGGCCUCAAAGACUGAUGUAGGAGAGAUCAAACGGAGAGAAUACGCGAGAACUACCGCUCGGUCAGGUCAGAAAGAGGUAGACGUACAACCUGAACUCCGUCGAAGAGCAUCAAGAACGGAUACAACAGAGAGGUCCAAGAGAGUACCUCGACCUAUAUCCGUGCCAGACCUUGAGCCUGUGCCGCCUCCAGGUUUCAAAGAGCCAGGGACCGGAAACACGCUCAAUUCGCCAGCCCCGAUGCCGACUCUAGACCCUUCAGAAACCGAAGGCAAGACGAGAGCAGAGAUUUUGAAUACCUGGAAGCAGAAGACUGGUGUCAAAGCGGUAGAUACAUCGCUGCUUCUCCGAGACAUGCUGUACCUUCUGCAAGGUAUCGAUGGUAAAUACGUUCGCUUUGAUCGCAAAACAAAGGCUCAGAAGAGCCGAGAGGUGAAUCCGUAUCUGGGCAACAUCGAAUUCACCCGCAAAGGAGAAGGUUCGCAGCUCGACAGAGAUCUGAGAAAGGGAAAAGCACGAGGGGACUUGCUGCUUGGAGGCGGUGUAGAGGAAGAUGACAUUACUGGGGUCACGUUUGUGAAUGAGUCGGGCCAAUCCUAUGAGGCCUCCGAAUCGCUCAAAUCGACAAUCGUAUCGCUCGCCGAGUUGGGCAUGUUAUACAGAGGGGUCUAUAAUUUCGUCAGGGUGACCCAGGCAACUGCUGGCGUGUCUAUCGGAGCGGGAGGGAUGACUGCUCAAAGCCUGUGCUUUGUGCUACAACGAGAAUUAUCUGGGUAUCAUGAGCUUCUCACCUUGUUGGAGAAUCAGAUGAAGCGCACAGAGUCGGAAUUGCCUCCUCAGAGCGAAGGGUCUCGGGAUUCUUCUCGGGUCGUGGAUCACGAUUUCCCAGCACAAAAUUCAGGCAUGACAUUUCAACGCCUUUCGCUGUGGACAGAAGAGUCGAAUCUUAAGAUGAGGAUGAUGAGCACACUAGUCAGCGAAGCCAGCACUGCUAGAGGUGGAGCUCUGAUUUCUGCCAUUCACGCUCAUACUUUGCAUGGCGAUCCUUCUGUGCGGGAGUUUGCGAACGAUGUGCUCGAAGAGGUCUCCAAACCUUUUUUCAAAUCACUACAAAGUUGGAUUUUCUCGGGGCAACUUCAUGAUCCCUUCAACGAGUUUUUCAUACAACAGGAUGCAGAAAUCGCGAAGCGUUCCAACGGUCGCCACACACCGCACGGCGACUAUGGCUUCGGAAAUGGGGAUGCUGAAUUCGGCGGAGAUGAUCCGUACAUGAUCUGGGAGAAGCGGUAUAUAUUCGUCAAGGAUAUGCUUCCCAUCUUUGUGAACGAAGAGUUUGGUCGCAAGAUCUUCAUUACUGGGAAAAGUAUCAAUUUUAUCAGGUUCAGUUGUCAAGACAGCGACUGGACUUCCGUUCAAGCACAGUCCACAGAGGAAGAUGCAGUCCUUUGCUACGGUGACAUUGCUCACCUGGAAAGAACAAUCGAUGCAGCGUAUUCCUCGGCCAGCAAGCGGUUGUUGGACAUCUUCUUCGACCGCUUCAAGCUCCUUGAGCACCUCGAGGCGAUGCGACGAUACGUCCUGUUGUGCGCGGGGGAUUUCGCCGACAUAUUGUUAGAAGGGCUUAGCCCACGACUAGACCGAGACGCUUCCAAGCUGCUACGACAUCAUCUCGCGUCAGAUAUCGAGACUGCGAUUCAAGGCAGCAAUGCCAGACACGAACCAGAAGACGUCUUGCGCAGACUGGACGCCCAGAUAUUGACAUUUUCCCCGGGAGCCCUCGGGUGGGAAUGCUUCUCCUUGCAAUACAAGGUCGAAGCACCGAUCAAUGCUGUGCUGGAUGAUGCAGCGACUCGCGACUACGACAGGAUAUUCAUGUAUCUCUGGCGGGUACGACGUGUAGCCGCAUCACAACGCAAGCGCUGGCUUAGGAGCACGUUCGAGCCUCGGAAUUUCCGGAGUCUAAAGGGCUAUAAAAGUGCAUGGCACCGUUGUCAUAUACUUCAAGCUCAGAUGAUACAUUUUGUGGCGGAACUUCAAGCCUUCUGCCAAUUGGAAGCCAUCGAACUGGCGUGGCAGGACAUGCUCGAGUUUGAACGCACCCGACAAGGUGACCUAGAUGCGUUGAUCUUGGCACAUCGAACAUAUCUACAAAACAUCAUGUCAAAAGCACUCUUGAUCAACCCAAAAGACCCGAAAGAUAACUCGCUCAACGCCACUGUGAACAAGAUCCUAGAUCAGAUCAUGCAAUUCGGACAUCAAUUGGACUCGCUUUAUAAUCUCUCUGUAGCGGAAAAGACACGUCUUACCCAAAAGGCUGAGGUGGAGCGGGGUGUACUUCCUGCAUCAGUUUUGACCGACAACGGCGAAAAGGCUGCAGCACAGCUGCAAGAUCUCAACCGUCAAAUCGAAGAUCAAACAAAGAAGUUCAAGUCAAGCAUGACCAAUCUGAUAACAGGUCUCGAAUCCCAUUCGAACUACGAAGUCAAAUUUUUGGCCGUGCGCCUGUCGUUCAACGAGGUCUAUGUCGCAAAGAGAACCAAGAAGACGGCGACAUCCCGAACGUAAAUGAUUCCCACUGUACAAGGCACAAACAAGCGUGGCCCAAAUGUACGUUGAUGACCUUGACGACGAGAUGACGAUGAUACCCGGUGUACAU